AUGGAGCUCUGGGCCUUUAAACCUGCAAGCACCUGUCUAAUGGAAGCUGUUGCUAUGAUGAAAAUGUUCUAUACCUGUGCAGUAGUACAUCAGCCACUAGCCACAGCCACACUGGGAUUAUCAUCUACUGAGGAUGAGGUUGAGGACCCCUGGUACCAGAAAGUGUGCAAAUGCAAUUGCCAAGGAGGUGCCAAUGUCCUGUGGUCUGCUGGUACAACCUCCUUAGACUGCAUACCAGAGUGCCCAUAUCAUAAGCCCCUGGGGUUCGAGUCAGGAGAGGUCACACCAGACCAGAUCACCUGCUCCAACCUGGAGCAGUACGUGGGCUGGUAUUCCUCGUGGACAGCUAACAAGGCCCGGCUCAACAGUCAAGGCUUUGGGUGCGCCUGGCUCUCCAAGUACCAGGACAGCAGCCAGUGGCUGCAGAUAGAUCUGAAGGAGGUCAAGGUGAUUUCAGGGAUCCUCACCCAGGGGCGCUGUGAUAUCGAUGAGUGGAUGACCAAGUACAGCGUGCAGUACAGGACGGAUGAGAGCCUGAACUGGAUUUACUAUAAGGACCAGACAGGAAACAACCGGGUCUUCUAUGGAAACUCAGACCGAACCUCCACAGUCCAGAACCUCCUGCGGCCCCCCAUCAUUUCCCGCUUCAUCCGGCUGAUCCCGCUGGGCUGGCACGUCCGCAUUGCCAUCCGGAUGGAGCUGCUGGAGUGCGCCAGCAAGUGUGCCUGAGGCCUCCCUCUUGCCGUGGGGGGUGGAGGGCUCAGAGCUGCCGGCAGGGGAACCCUGAUGUGAAGAAGGGGGGGGACAAAAGCAGCUGUAUUUUACAAGCUCUUUUCAAUGCAGAGCUGGGCAGAAAGAAUUUCUUUUUUUAAAAAAAAUAUAUAGUUUCCAAUUUC